AUGGCCGAGGCGAAGAAGCUCCUGCGCGACGAAAUCCCGAAGGCCAAAGCGUCCAUUGGCUACGAGAACCAGCAGACGCUGAACAUGGUCGCGGUCUACGCGAAGGCCCUCUACAUGGACAGGGGCAAUAUUUCUGAACUUAUGGAAGCGUCGAUGGUGCUCGAGGACGCCGAGAAGGUUGCGCGCCGCGUCCUCGGCCCCGCGCAUCCGCUGACGGUGGAGAUGGGCAACGACAUCAAACGGGUCGGCGAGCGCAUGAACGAGCUUGCAGAGCUCGCGAUCGCUCACUCCAAGAAUCCGUCGAGCUCCGCCGGGCGGGCGGUGAAAACUUUCUCCUUGGAUCAGCUGUCUGGUCUUAUUGACAAGCUGGCGAUGGACAGCCCCGCCUUGAAGAAAUAA